AUAUAUAGUCCACUCUCCUGCCGCUCUCUCUUUUCUUCUCUUCUUCCUCACCUCUCACUACUUUCAGAACUUCAGCAACACCCACCCUUCCCGUGCUUUUCCAACAAUGGUUUUCGGCACUGGAGGGGAACACGCCCCUCCAGUGCAUCGCAUACUGCUGCUGCGUUCUACAUGCACCGUCGCUGCCGACAUCUCCCUACAUACGCGCAACCGCGGCUCGAAUCUGCUUUUGCGGGCUAUCCGACGACCGAGAGAGGCUACGGACGCCUUCAGCCCAGCACUUGCUUCGCCGCCCACGACGACGACGACUUGA